UUGACAGGAAAGUGGUGAAUAUCCACUGAUAAUGACAGGCCAGCAGUGGAAGAAGUUCCGACAGAACUUCUGUGACUUUGUAGCUCAACUUGUAAAGCAGUGUCAGUACUCUAUUAUCUAUGACCAGUACCUGAUGGACAAUGUGAUAUCCCUACUUACUGGACUAUCCGACUCCCAAGUUCGAGCUUUCAGGCACACUGCAACACUUGCUGCCAUGAAGCUGAUGACGGCACUGGUAGACGUAGCUCUGGUCGUGUCGGUUAACUUGGACAAUACACAACGACAGUAUGAGGCUGAGCGACAAAAAGCUCGGGACAAGCGAGCCAGUGACCGACUUGAGUCUCUCAUGGCCAAGCGGCAGGAGCUAGAGGAGAACAUGGAUGAGAUCAAAAACAUGUUGACUUACAUGUUUAAGUCAGUUUUUGUCCACAGAUAUAGGGAUACUCUGCCGGAAAUAAGAUCCAUCUGUAUGGCUGAGAUUGGCGUUUGGAUGAAGAAGUUUCACCAGAACUUUCUGGAUGAUUCCUACUUAAAGUACAUUGGAUGGACACUACACGAUAAAGUGGGGGAAGUGAGACUGAAAUGUUUACAGGCUCUACAGCCUUUGUAUGCAUCAGAGGAACUGAAAGGAAAGCUGGAACUGUUCACCAGCAAGUUUAAGGACAGGAUCGUGGCCAUGACACUAGACAAGGAGUAUGAUGUUGCAGUGCAAGCGGUCAGACUUGUCAUCAGUAUCCUCAAGUAGGUCAUUGAAUUAUUUAUAACAGUU